CGUAACUAUAAAUACCUAAUUAUACUCACUUGCAAAUUAGUUGCAAUCGAUCUCUCAAUCAAAAUGAAUAGUAUCUGUAUACUAUUUCUUCUAUUUGGUACCGCUCUGUGUGAGAAUGCCCCAGUCUACAAGUACCGUUACGAAACAGAAGAUGUGAUGAAAACAGCUGCCUCCAAUGUACCCGUACAUGGAUACCACGUCGUGGAAGGUGGCUACUACCCCUCACAUAUUGGACUGGGAGGAAUUGGAAGCCAAGGCUUCGGUGGGGCGGGGUUUAUCGCGGGAGGUGGAGGGUAUGGAGGCCAAUAUCUUGGAGCAAAGUUAGCACCCAUUGGAACUAUAGGACUGGAGGCACCCCUUGGGGGGCAGUACAUUGGCAAGAACAUAGCUCCUCUUGGAGUGGUUCCCGUAGGAUAUGGGGGUAUCAAUGGUCCAAUUAAUGGCGGUUUGGGUCCAUUUGGGGGACAAGGAAUUGGUUACGCAGGGGCGGGUUUGAUUGGUGCUGGAGCUGGAUAUGGUGGUGCAGGAAUUGGUUUGGUGGGACCGCAAGGGUAUGGGGGAGAGGCCAUAGAAAAAGAGAACUUCAGUGGUGGCAAGAAGAACUUUAAUGAUGAGAGCUACGAAAAGAGCCAAGGCAAGAAAGGGGAGGAAGUCAAUUAUGGCGACUCUGGAUAUUCGAAUGGACAAGUUGCUGUCAAAGACGUUAAGGGCGAUUCUGGAUACUACAAUAAUGCCGAUGGCGAGAAGAAAGUAUACGAGGAUGGAAAGCAAUAUGCCGGAGGUCAACAUUUCAAUAAAGAAGGUAAGAAUGGCGAAGAAAAAACCGUAAAACAAGGCCACAAGAAGGGACACAAAAUCAAGAGUUUCAAAACCUCCCACCACAAAGACGAGAACGGCAAGACGGAAGAAUAUUACGACGAAGCUCACGACGAAGGGGGAAAUUACGUUUUCAACGGCCAGACAGGAAAUUUCGGAGAAAACGGGGCUUCCUCUUUCAAAGGCGGUAACCAAGAAGAAAAAUAUGCCUCCGGGGAGAAUAAGAAAGAAGGCCAUUAUAGCAAUGAGCAUCUGGUUGAUAAAGUGGACGCCAGUCAAGGGAAAUACGGGGGCAACAAGUUUGCCGGAAACGAGGCCGUGUACUCUCACAAAAAUGGCGCUGAUGAGCAGAGCCUUUUAGGUCACCAGGAAUCCAGCAAGUUAUAUAAACACAACCCGUUUGUGGUUCCUUUUCACCGCUACUGAAUGACUAAACUUAGUUGGGGGUGGUGAAGGUUCUGAUGCAAACGCCAUUUAUUUAUUUAUAUGUUUAUUAUGCGUUGUACAUGGUUUAUUGUUUUUAUUUUAUAAGUUAUUUGAAUUGCCGAAAUAAUUUUCAGAUAACUAUGGCGACUGAGGCAACAAUAGUUUUCCCGUUUUCUUGUACAUUUUUAUCUUGAAUAAACGUUGAAGAUUGAAUGUA